AUGUGGUUCCAUAUCUCCAACGCCAACGAGUACCUCGUCAUCACCGGCGCCGGUGUCGACGAUGUCCGGAUCGUCAAGAAGGCGUUCAUCUACCCAUGGCAACGGGUGGCUCGCAUCUCGGUUUCACCCUUCGACUUCUCUCUGAACCUGCAAGCCAUGACGAUCGAGAAACUCCAGUUCGCUCUGCCGGCCGUCUUCACCAUCGGCCCGGACAACGAGCCGGAGGCUCUGAAGAAAUACGCCCUCCUGCUGAGCGGUAAUCCGGACGGAUCGUCUUCAUCAGCCAAGAGACCUGGGUUGGCCAUCACACCAACCGCGCGAAGCCACGUCCAGGACAUUGUCAAGGGUAUCAUUGAGGGUGAGACGCGCGUCAUUGUCUCGAGCAUGACUAUGGAGGAGAUCUUCAAAGAGCGCCAGAUGUUCAAGGAGAAGGUGAUAGGAAAUGUGCAAAAGGAACUGGACCAAUUCGGGUUAAGGAUCUACAACGCCAACGUCAAAGAACUACAAGACACGCCCGGUUCAGAGUAUUUUGCGUUUCUGUCACGUAAGGCCCAUGAAGGGGCAUCGAAUCAAGCUCGGAUCGACGUGGCCGAGGCACGCAUGCGAGGCGAGAUCGGCGAGGCGGCCAAGAAAGGGCACACUAAGCAAGAGAUUUCCAAGAUCGAGGCGGAGACGGCGGUGCUGGAGACGAAGCGCAAAGCGGACAAGGCGCAGGCGGAUGCAGAGCUCACCAAUCGGCAGACGGAGCUGAACAUGGGCAUCCAGAUGGCGCAGAUCAAGGCGAGGCGGGCGGCCGAGGCACGCGACGCCGAGCUGCAGAAGGAGGUCGAGACCAAGAAGGCGGCGACGGAGCUGGAGCGGCUGCGGGCUAAGGACCUGGUGCGCGCGCAAAUCUCGAAGGAGACGGCGCAGCAGGAGGCCGACGCCCACUUCUACCGCGAGUCCAAGGGCGCCGACGUCCGCGCUUACGCCGAGAAGCAGGACGCCGAGGCCCAGCUGUUCAAGCAGCAGCGCCAGAUCCAGGCCGCGGUCGAGCGCCAGAUCAAGGAGGCCGACGCCAUGUUCCAUGCCAAAAUGCGAGAGGCCGAAGCCACCCAGGCCCAGGCCCAGGCGUACAAGGCCCUCGCCGAGGCCUUUGGCGGACCUCAGGGUCUGCUCACCUUCAUGAUGCUCAAGGAGAACACCUACGAGAAGCUGGCACUGGCCAACGCGAAGGCCGUCCAGGGUCUGCAGCCCAAGAUCACUGUCUGGAACACCGACUCCGCCGGCGCCGGGUCCGGCUCCGACGCCGGCAUCGCCCCCAUCAAGAACAUCCUGCAGUCCCUGCCACCCUUGCUCACCACCAUCCAGGAGCAGACCGGCAUCGCCCCGCCCAGCUGGUUGCUGCAGAUGCCCAAGGACGACUCCCGCGCCGCCAAUGCCAAUGCCAAUGCCAAUACCAAUGGCUCGCUCGCCGCCGACGAGAAGAAGAUGCUCUCUGCCGCUGCCGCCAAGUGA